UCACACAAACAAUAACUAUACAUGUAUUUACUAUUGGAUUCAAGAAUUGUGUGUUGUUUUCUCACACACACACACACACACACAAUAACAGUAUACAUGUAUUUACUAUUGGAUUCAAGAAUUGUGUGUUGUUUUCUCACACACACACACACAAUAACUGUAUACAUGUAUUUACUAUUGGAUUCAAGAAUUGUGUGUUGUUUUCUCACACACAAACACAAUAACUGUAUACAUAGCAUGGCCAAUGUACCCACACUGUUCAUUCAUCGAGCCGCUAAAACAAUGGGUAGAAUUGGAUCACAGAGAACCACUCAAACUAAUUUAGUAAUUUUACAAGAACAAAAUAAUAACAUCAUAAACCUUUCAACACUUGAAUUAUCCUGUAUUAAAAUCCUUUCCAGUGAUGUAUAUAUUUAUUAUAAUCCAAUAAAUAAUAACGGAGAUUAAACGACUUUAAUCCAAUGCGCGUGCCUCGCACACUUGCUUAGUACCGCUUAUUGACAUUUGGCUUAACUUGGUGACGGGUACCUCGCACAGUCCAAUUUCAACAUGAAAAGCGCAGUAGUAAACCGCGUUGGAAUACUUUGAAACUUUACGACCAAUCAGAGGAGAGGAUUCCCAUUACUCCGGUGCUGGAAUGGAAGUUCUAGGGACAGAAGUCGAGUUACGAUUAUAAGAUUACAUUAUGGCAGAAUCUUCAGAUGAUAUGUCAAAACUCUAUCCUGUUCAGUAUUGCCAAGCUGCUGGAGUCCAGAAUGUGCAAGUCAUGAGUGGCUGUUUACCAACUAUUUCAAAACCGGUCUGAUCCUGGAGCUGGUCGAGUUUGCGAGAAAAAAACAAUUACAGAAGGGGACUGUCCUUGAGUGGGUCUUUGAACUAACUUUUAUGAAAAGUUGUGACAUCACACAUUCAUACAAGGAGAAGGUGCGCAAAAAGAUUGAUAGGAUAUGCAGCAGUAGGGAUAUGUUCCGUAGGAAGAAAAAAACAGACGACAUUAAGAAACUAAAAGAAACAGUCUUUGUGUUUCCAGACUUUCCGGAACAAACUAUAAGUGAAAGUGUCAGCCAGAAAUGUGUACAUUCUCAGAACGUGACUGUUCCUAGCAACCUUGAUACCUUCUACAAGUCUGAUUCAGACGCACCUUCUCAGGAUUUGAUGGAGCCUACCCCUCAGGAUACUGUGAUUACAGCUCACAUUCUUGCCACUUCUCAGGAUUUGGUGGAGCCUACCCCUCAGGAUACUGUGAUUACAGCUCACAUUCUUGCCACUUCUCAGGAUUUGGUGGAGCCUACCCCUCAAGAUACUGUGAUUACAGCUCACAUUCUUGCCACUUCCUGGGAUUCUGUAGCUGAAGAGAACUCUACUACUAGACAAGACUCUAGUCUUACUUAUCAAAUAGCCCGCAAAGAAAAGUAUCUCCAUAAGCUUAAGGAAACUAUUGACCUUUUCAAUGCCGAGUUAAAUAACACAAAGGGACACUACUCAAAAUUCAAUACAGAUCGAAGGGAGAAGAGAGCUAAAAAUAAUUAUAGUCAACUGUUAUCAUUAAGGGCAAAAACAAAAAAGGCACAUGUAGAAAACCAGGCACUGAAAGCAGAUGUUGAAUGUUACAAGGUGCAAGUGAAGGAACUUGACGAUACAAAUUCAGAGAAAGACAUCACCAUCAAGGAACUUAAAGGAAAUUUGGAAAAAUGCAGGGAAGAAUUGAGAGUUAUGACAGAAAAAAACCGGCAGGCUCAAGUUUCACGUUGUUACUUCAAAUCAAAGGGCAGUGGGCAUUUCAACUCCAAGAAACUACAACAAGCAAAGGAAAAAAUUAAUGAUUUUCAAGGCAGAAUUAAUGAUUUUCAAGGCAGAAUUGAUGAACUUGAGGCUAACUUCGAACUAUCAACAUUUUCCAAUUCUGAUGGACAAACAUCUCUUGCUUUAAAGAAUGAAAAUGGAUUCUCUGUUGACCUGUGCACCUGUGUCUUAGGACUAGUUGGCUUAGAGAUCGCCCAAGCAAAAGUGCCACUCGUCAUCCAAUGGUCAGUGAAUCAUUAUUUCAUCAGACGGUUUCCACCAUUCACUUGCCAAGCCGAACUUCUGUUCAAAAUAUCGCAGAUGAAUCGCAUUACAUCGUGAAAAGAUUUAUCGCGGAUAAACUGAAUAAUUGUGAAAACUGGGGAUUGGCCAAAGAUGGAACUACCAGACGCAAGAUCAAGAUUCUUGAUACAUCUGUAACAUUGUCAUCUGGUGACGCCAUCAGUCUUGGAUUUACCAGUUGCAGAUGUAGCAAAAGGAGCCAUCGAGGAAUUAGAUUCCAUCCAUUCUGACAGCAACUUUCUCCAAACUGCCUUGGAAAAAUUAUCAUUCACGAUGGGGGAUCGUGCCAGUAACGAGAAAGCGAGCAACGUGAUCUUAGACAAGUGGCGGAUAGAAGUCCUAACUGCCUGCAACUCUUCAGCAGCUGUCAAGACUCUGCACUUGUUCCACUGCAUGGCUCAUGUUCUCUUGGGCUUUCACACGUACACCCACAAAAGUAUCCUGGCAUAUGAAAAAGAACUUGAAAUAAAGCUGGGGAGGUUUGGAAGGGAUGCUCUUCCCAGAUUUUCUUACUGGAAAAAAGAAGAAGCUGCGUCAAGAACCUCCAGAACAACUGCUGACACAUUUGGGCCUGCUGGUGACCACAUCGGGGUGAGAGAUCUUUGGGAGUGCUACUGUGCUUCGAAAGGUAUUAAGUCACAAAUUGGAAAUUACAGAGACAAUCGUUUUAAUUGUUAUUUUGAAACUGCUGCCCAGAUAUGCCUUCAUCGAGAAGACUUCAUCAAUGUGCUAAAAAAAGUGAAGAAGCCAAAUGGAAAACUGGUGUCAGUUCUUGCUGACCUGACAUGUCCUGUGGUGACGACAAUUUUGCAAGCACGUGGGCUGUUGUUUGUUUUAGUCACUGGUCCAUACUGGGAACUUAUGUUGGUCAAUGAUGGAACUGUUAAAUACUUGGAACUGUUUCGAUACAUCCAGCCUCUACACCAUUUCAUGAAAGAAUGUUCUGAUGACCCGUCUCCCCUGCUGCAAGGCAUCAGUCCAUUACCUAAAGAACUACUUCAUGCGUCUGAUGCCAUGUACAACAGUGUGUCACUGCUCGCCCAUGCUACGAUGGAAGAUGUCUUCUUAAAUACUCUAAAGAAGUCAUCGGCUGCAUUUGUUCAAACCAGUGAGGCACAGCUCAAGGAUUUCCUGGUUGAUGGCAAAUAUGGACAAGCACCAGAUACAGUAGAAUUAAACCGGACAUGCUUUUCUGGGAUUACAAAUCUCGCCUGUGAACACCACUUUGGGGAUCUCGACUCCAGUCAGAGACGCCGUCCAAGUGCCACUCUCUUUUUUCAUAGCACAAUCCAACUACUGAAAAGAAACAGAAAGCAGUUGAUUAGUUGGAUGAGUGAGAUGUCAGAACAGGGCAGGGAAACACUUUGGUCUGAUGCCCGUGAAAAGGCCAAAGCUCUACGACGUGAAAAGGAGGAGAUGGAAAAGAUCUUAAAAAAUCUACAGGAGGAGCCAAAGUCAGAACCAAAAGAGGGUCGCAAAAGAAAGGUUACUGAUGCUGCUGCUUCUAGAAAGAAACGGGGAAAACCAGCCGCUGUCAAUAGCGACUCGAGUGAGGAGGACCUUACUAGUGAAGUUGUGAAGUUGAUUCUGAUGAAGAUGUCCCAUCAAGUCUAGCUGGCAGUCCACAACUAACGAUGAAUGAGAAGUUGAAAAAGAUGGAGGAGACGUUGAAAAAUACACGAGACCAAAUAGCUGUAGACAAGUGGGUGAUUGUGGCCUUCGACAAUGACUGGUACCCAGGUAUUGUCUGUGGAAGGAAGUCUGAUCAUGAGGUCAUCGUUGACUUUGGAACACGCUGCCAGUGUCUUGGGGAUUUCAAAUGGCCUAAUGGAAAGGACAAACAACUGGUGGAAAUUAAAUUUGUGCUACAUGUAGGUUUUGAGCCGGUUUCGAGAACCCGAGGACGUAUUUGGAGUGUUCCAGAUGCUGAUGCCAUUGUAAAGUUGUAUGAGGAAUAUGCAGAACUCUAUUUUGCUGGAACAAAUGAAUUGUAAUGUACAUGAUGUUGGUUUUGAGUUGUGUUUCGAGACCCGAGGACGGAUUUGGAAUUCCAGGUGCAGAUGGCAUUGUAAAGUUGUAUUGCAGAACUGUAUUGCAAAAUGAUUAUGUACAUGAUUACAACUACCAGACUUCAGUUCUCCUUGAAGAGAGCUUCAAUUUGAUAUAUGACAUGAUAAGGUUGGACACAAAAACAUUUUGGGGGUGGAGGGGCAUGCCUGUUACCAUGGUAACUGUCGGCCAUCUUGAAUUUCUGGUAAUUUUUUCUCAUCCUGCCUGCAUUUUCUAUCUGGUUUUGUUUUCCACUGAAAAGAAAACUAAAUUUGAUCCAUUAACAAUUAUUUAAAUUUGGUCAUGGCCAAAUUUUCUAAAAGUUUGCAUAAAUUAUGCUUAAUUAUGCUAGUUACAUAAUAAAAAUAUCAGCAUGGGAUUAUAGUCAUUGUAUUCCACACGAAAAACUAGUCUGACACGCCUACUUUCAUUUCAUUACCAGUACUUGAACUCUACCUACAUUGAUUUGUAUAUGUCCUGUAAACCAAAAGUGAGUGAACCAAUAUACCAUGUUACCUAACACGGUUCUAAUGUAUUUGACAUACCAGCCAUACUCUGCAUUGUCUGAAAGUUAUCAUAGAUUUUCUACUGUUAAACUGCCAUAACUUUUUAAUACCUAGUCCGAAUUGCAAAAUUCAAAAAGCAUGGCAUUUCUCUUAACAAGAUCUUUCAAAUAGUAUAGAACACUUUGUCAUUUGCAUCACAUAAAAUUUUGGUUUGGCCAUGCUAGUAUCCAUGUAUUUACUAUUGGAUUCAAGAAUUGUGUGUUGUUUUCUCACACACAAACACAAUAACUAUACAUGUAUUUACUAUUGGAUUCAAGAAUUGUGUGUUGUUUUCUCACACACAAACACAACAGUAUACAUGUAUUUACUAUUGAAUUCAAGAAUUGUGUGUUGUUUUCUCACACACAAACACAAUAACUGUAUACAUGUAUUUACUAUUGGAGUCAAGAAUUGUGUAGUUUUCUCACACAAACAAUAACUAUACAUGUAUUUACUAUUAGCUGUUGGAUUCAAGAAUUGUGUGUUUUCUCACACACAAACACAAUAACUGUAUAAUCCAACAAUUGUGUGUUUUCUCACACACAUACACAAUAACUGUAUACAUGUAUUUACUAUUAGCUGUUGGAUUCAAGAAUUGUGUGUUUUCUCACACACAUACACAAUAACUGUAUACAUGUAUUUACUAUUAGCUGUUGGAUUCAAGAAUUGUGUGUUUUCUCACACAUACACAAUAACUGUAUACAUGUAUUUACUAUUAGCUGUUGGAUUCAAGAAUUGUGUGUUUUCUCACACACAUACACAAUAACUGUAUAUAUGUAUUUACUAUUAGCUGUUGGAUUCAAGAAUUGUGUGUUUUCUCACACAUAUACACAAUAACUAUAUACAUGUAUUUACUAUUAGCUGUUGGAUUCAAGAAUUGUGUGUUGUUUUCUCACACACAAACACAAUAACAGUAUACAUGUAUUUACUAUUGGAUUCAAGAAUUGUGUGUUGUUUUCUCACACACAAACACAAUAACUAUACAUGUAUUUACUAUUGGAUUCAAGAAUUGUGUGUUGUUUUCUCACACACAAACACAAUAACUGUAUACAUGUAUUUACUAUUGGAGUCAAGAAUUGUGUAGUUUUCUCACACAAACAAUAACUAUACAUGUAUUUACUAUUAGCUGUUGGAUUCAAGAAUUGU